CAUGUGUGAUGUGUCCAUCCCCCGGAGUUCAUCAUCAGAUAUAUACAGCAAACGAAAGCUUUCCUUCAAUUUGAAGCAAUCCUAGGGUUAAGUUUAGAGGUAGUUGCCUGUUCUCUCAGAUUCGGUGUGAAACAAUAAUAAUAAUAAUAAUAAUGUCAUCGCAACAACAGAACAAUGGUAAAUUAAUGCCGAAUCUGGACCAGAACAGCACAAAGCUCCUAAACUUAACUGUUCUUCAAAGGAUUGAUCCUUUCAUUGAAGAAAUACUCAUCACUGCUGCUCAUGUUACCCUCUACGAAUUCAAUAUUGAUAACUCCCAAUGGAGUCGAAAGGACGUUGAAGGAUCUCUAUUUGUUGUCAAGAGGAGUUCUCAACCUCGGUUCCAGUUUAUUGUUAUGAACCGCAGAAAUACAGAUAAUUUGGUGGAGGAUCUGUUGGGGGAUUUUGAGUAUGAGAUCCAGGUUCCAUAUUUGUUGUAUCGAAAUUCUACACAAGAAGUUAACGGGAUAUGGUUUUAUAAUCAGCGGGAAUGUGAAGAAGUUGCAAAUCUCUUUGACAGGAUACUCGGUGCAUAUUCCAAGGUGCCUACCAAGUCAAAAGUACCAUUGACGCAGAGUGAAUUUGAAGAGCUGGAAGCAAUUCCAACCAUGGCUGUAAUUGAUGGUCCUCUGGAGCCGUCAUCGUCUACUGCCUCAAAUGCUCCGCAUCUCCCCGAUGACAAUUCCUUUGUGAACUUCUUCAGUAAUGCUAUGACAAUUGGGAAUGCUUCUAGUACUACAGUUCAAGGGCAGCUAUACCACUCAUCUCCAGCGAUCAUACCUCCUCCUCGUCCUCCUGCUUCUGUUCCUCCCUCUUCAACACCUGCCCUGGUUCCAUCUCCUCCUCUUUCAACUGCGUCCCUUUUGAGGCCCCUCUUUGAUGCUCCUGAACCAGACACCAGUGCUAAAUGGUCUUCAAAUCUGGUGAAGCCAUCAUCUUUUUUUGGUCCUCCAACCGUCUCUUCUCCGCUGAUGCCUCCCGUUUCUUCAUCUGUGCCCACUGCUCCUCCACUUCUUCCCCUUGGGAAUCUCCAGCGUCCUUAUGGAGCUCCUUUGCUUCAACCAUUUCCUCCUCCCACUCCUCCUCCAUCUCUUACUCCUACUUCUGCUGCUACCUCAAACUAUGGACCUGCUGUUAGCAGAGACAAAGUGCGUGAAGCACUUGUAAUGCUUGUUCAGGACGACCAAUUCAUAGACAUGGUAUACCGGGCAGUGCUGAAUGCUCAUCAUUCAUAAUAUAAAGAGGAACUCUUCUAAUUCGUCUGAUGAAAUUUCAUUACGUCAUUUUACCAGGGCUAAAAGGGGAUAAGUGGUCAGUGUAUAGGGGGUAACUUUUGUGUUGAUGGUGUCUGUGUGAGACCCGCUAUGUAUAGUUAUAUAGUUUGUUUCAGUGCGUUAGGUUUGGACUUUAACCUCUUUGAUAUAUAGUUUCUUUUAUUUUUGGUCUGGAUAUUCCAAUUUUGUUCUUUAUGGUGCUAAAGAGAGAAUCAUAUGAACCGUCUAUGUUGUCA